UCAUUCCGUUGCACACAUCUGAGCUUCGUACAAGAGACAACCAUGGCCGCCAACACAGUAUGGUUUUGGGAGUUGGCCGCAGCAACCCUUCUCUUCCUCAUCACGAAGCUCUUCAUUUCCGCAUUCUCAAAGCCCUUCCGCAGGCAUCUGCCGCCCGGGCCAAGAGGGUGGCCGGUCAUCGGCGCUCUCCCGCUCCUGGGAGACAUGCCUCACGUUCAACUAGCAAAACUGGCCAAGAAAUAUGGACCUUUCAUGCAUCUCAAACUGGGAACUAGCAAUGUGGUUGUGGCGUCGAGUCCAGACGUUGCCAGAGCCUUCUUGAAAACCCUAGAUACCAAUUUCUCAAAUCGCCCUAUUCAUGCUGGCCCUACCCAUCUGGCCUACGAUGCUCAGGACUUGGUUUUCGCAGAGUAUGGACCAAAAUGGAGGCUCCUCCGGAAACUGUGCGAUUUACACAUGCUUGGCCGGAGAGCUCUAGAUGACUGGUCGCAUGUCCGAGUCGUGGAGCUUGGGCAUAUGUCGAGAGAGAUCUGUCGCUUGAGCGGUAGAGGUGAGCCGGUGGCGUUGCCGGAGAUGCUAAGCCACGCCAUGGUAAACAUGAUGGGGCAAGUCAUACUUAGUAAGCGAGUGUUUCCCGACAAAGGCUCGGAGUCUAAUGAGUUCAAGGACAUGGUAGUGGAGCUCAUGACCACUGCGGGCUACUUCAACAUUGGCGAUUUCAUACCGUCGAUAGCGUGGAUGGACUUGCAAGGGAUCGAGCGGGGUAUGAAACGGUUGCACAAGAAGUUUGACGCCUUGCUGACGAAGAUGAUCGAGGAGCACACAGAAUCGGCUCAUAAGCGUCAAGCUAAGCCAGAUUUUCUUGAUACCCUCCUCAUCGCCAGUAGAGAAAGCUCUGGAAGCCUUAGCAUGAUCAACGUCAAGGCACUUCUUUUGAAUCUGUUUACUGCUGGCACUGAUACAUCCUCGAGUGCAAUUGAAUGGGCACUUGCCGAGAUGAUAAACAACCCGAGCAUCCUCAAACGAUCACAUGAAGAGAUGGAUCAAGUCAUUGGUCGAGAUCGACGAUUGGAGGAGUCAGACAUUCCAAAGCUGCCGUACUUUCAAGCUAUAGUAAAGGAAGCCUUCCGGAAGCACCCAUCCACGCCCCUUAAUCUCCCGAGAGUUUCAAACAAGGCUUGUGAAGUGAACGGCUACUACAUACCCAAGAACACCAGAUUAAUGGUGAACAUAUGGGCGAUUGGGCGAGACCCCAGCGUUUGGGAAAACCCUUUAGAGUUCAUCCCAGAAAGGUUUUUAAGCCCAGACAAGCAAAAAAUGGAGGCGCGAGGCAAUGAUUUCGAGCUAAUUCCUUUCGGGUCUGGGAGAAGGAUUUGUGCGGGAGUUAGGAUGGGCAUUGUGAUGGUCGAGUAUAUUUUAGGGACAUUGGUGCACUCAUUUGACUGGAAAUUGCCGGAUGGGAUGGUGCAGUUAAACAUGGACGAGACUUUCGGGCUCGCAUUGCAGAAAUCUGUCCCUCUCUCUGCCAUGGCCACUCCUCGCCUCUCUCCAGCAGCUUAUGCUGCCUAAUUAAUCCACGCAUGUUGCAGCUAUCUUAAUUCCUUCCCCAAAAUAAUUGAUCCAAGCUUAUGUUGCGUAAUUAUUCGAUGAUUACUGCCUAUAAUAAUAUGCUUGGUUCUUACA